UCAAGCUUUAUGUGAUAGGAUGUUAUAUUGCACGUCUAAAAAGCAUGAUUGGAUAGUUAUGCCUUAUAACCAUGGGUAAGUUUAAUUAUUAUGCUUUUCAUUGAUACAAACAAAUAGAAUUUAAAGUUAACAACUGUGUAAUACUUGUUCUUUCAACAUGGAGCAUUGGAUGUUAUUUUUAUUAUAUCCCAAUUGGCAUUAUUGUUGUUUUCUCGAUCCUCUCAAUGCACCAUUAGAUAACAAGACAGCCAUCAAGGAGACCAUCCAUGAUGCAUUUGAGAUGUAUUUCACAGAAAGAAUGAAAGCACGUCAAAAGAUCAACAAACGCUCAUCGGGAGUAAUGUAUUUCCAACCUACGUGUCGUAAACAACCAAACAAUAUCGACUGCGGAUAUUACGUUAUGAGGAUGAUGAAGAAUGUACUUAUCAAUGCCCCUCAUAUCAAACAUUUCUUGUCGAAACAGUUCACCUCCGACAAACCAUAUACUACUCAAGAAAUUGACGAAGUUAGAGAAGAAUGGGCAAUGUCAUUUUUACAAUUGGUUAGAGCAAAAUGAGUGAUGUUAUAGCUAGCUAAUUACAAUACAUGUUUAGAAAUUUUAAAUUUAUUUCGUAAAAUUUUUUUGCCAUUUUUUUAGUAUUUUCUUUUCAAAUUUCUUUUGAUAGAUAUUCGACACUCAAAUGGAUAUAUAUUUUUAAAUCAAAA